UGCGCUGAAAGGAAGCUCGAACGUCAGCGCAGAGAGCCGUUUUUCCUUCUGGUGGCAUCGUUACGCUCCAUUACUAUCUCUUCUAGUAGAAGAAGAAAUGAGAAAUAUGGACGAAUCGCCCCUGAAACGGUGGCCACAAUAUUUAGCAGCGUUCACAGCCACCCUGUCCAUGGCAUCGUCCGGCUCCCACAUAGGUUGGACAUCUCCGAUAUUACCAAAACUGAAAUCCCCAGACUCCCACUUAGAAAUAUCCUCGGACGAUGCCUCGUGGAUCGCUUCUUUCGCUCUUCUGGGAUCGAUCCCCGGUAACGUGGUCGCAGCCCUCAUAGUAGACUGGCUGGGCCGCAAGAUGUGCCUCCUGCUGGCAGGGAUACCACUCGGCGUCAGCUGGGUUUUGAUCAUACUCGCCUGGAACCCCUACAUCCUUUACGUCGCAAGAUUCAUCGGCGGGCUUGGCCUCGGAAUAGCGUACGUCGCCUGUCCCAUGUACAUCGGCGAGAUCUCCGACAAGGAGAUCCGGGGAUCCUUAGGCUCCUUCAUCAAGCUUAUGGUAACGUUCGGGGAGCUCUACGCCCACGUGAUCGGCCCGUUCGCGACCUAUCAGCACUUGGCCUACAGCUGCGUGAUAAUCCCCAUAAUUUUCAUCGUGACUUUCAUUUGGAUGCCGGAAUCUCCGUACUAUUUACUGAUUAAAAAUCGCGAGGACGAGGCGAGGAAUAACCUGAGGCUACUGAAGAGAUACGCUACUCAGGAUCAGCUCGAAGAAGACAUGAACGAGAUGCAGAAGACUGUGAUCCGCGAUCUCAGCGACAAGGGGCACUUCUGGGACGUGUUUCGUACCCCCGGCAAUCGUAAAGCCGUGGUGAUUGGAUUCGGGCUACAAGGGGUUCUUCAAUUCAGCGGAUUGGCCGCCAUCGAGUCGUACACUCAAGAGAUAUUCGAGGCCGCCGACGUGGAUCUGUCCGCCGGUAUCGCGGUGAUCAUUCUCAGCGUUCUUCAGCUGUUCGCUGGCCUCGGAGCGGCUGCUUUGGUCGACAAACUUGGAAGACGUCCUCUGCUUCUGUUCACGACCCUGCUCGAUGGAUUGACCUUAACCAUAACCGCAGUUUUUUACUUCUUGAAGUUCCAAAUGUUCGUCGACAUGUCGAAGGCCGGCUGGAUUCUUCACACAUCUGUAAUAUUUUACGAAAUCUUUGUUGCGCUAGGUUUGAAUCCGUUGUCCUACAUGAUGCUCGGCGAACUGUUCCCAACAAACAUCAAGGGAGCCGCGGUGUGCAUGGCGAAUAUGUGGGCCUCUUUCCUGGCGUUCAUCGUUUCGAAAAUGUACCAAGUGAUUUCCGACACAUGCGGGGUUUACGUUUCCUUCGGCUGGUUCGCGAUUAGUUGUUUCGUCGGUAUGGCCUUUAUUAUUUUCUUGGUGCCGGAGACCAAAGGGAAAUCGCUGUUGGAAAUCCAGGAGGAGCUGAAUUUUAAGAAAAAAUCGUUGAAAGGAGCGACGGAGAAAGAUCAACCGGAAGUUUACGUAAGUACGAUAGCUUAGGUGAAACAAGUAACGAAAUUAUGAUAAUCGAAGCAACAUUUUAUGGUCAUUAAU